AUGUUGUUCAAAGUAUUGGUUACAUGUGCACUUGUAACUUUUUUUUAUACCUGGGAAGUCAAUGCUCAUGGAAGUCUUAGAGACCCACCAAGUAGAUCAUCUGCGUGGAGAGAGAAACAGUUUAUGUUCAAAUUUAAACCAAAUUUUGACGACAACCAACUUUAUUGCGGUGGCAAAUCGAAAAAAAAUGAUGGAAAAUGCGGACCAUGUGGUGACAAUUGGAACAAGACUAAACCAAGAGAUAACGAAAACGGUGGAAAAUAUGGCCGAGGAAUAAUUGUCCGAAAUUAUCAUAGUGGUCAGCUGAUCGAUAUCAAAGUACAUAUAAGUGCCAAUCACUUGGGGUACUUCGAAUUCUCAUUGUGUCCUCUCAAAUCACCCAAAGCCAUCGAGACCGAAAAGUGCUUCGACGCACAUCCCAUCUACCUUGCCAACGGCCAUCGACGUUACCCACUGAAGUCAGGUGUCUAUGGCAUCGUCAAUGUUCAAGCUGUGCUUCCAAAGAACUUUAAAUGUCCGCACUGCGUCUUGAGGUGGCACUACCACACUGGAAACGAUUGGGGUAUUUGUGAAAACGGCAUUGGCAGACUUGGCUGUGGUCCUCAGGAGACAUUCCGUGGAUGCGCUGAUGUAUCAAUUAUUUAA